UAUUAAAUGUGUUAGCAAUGUUGAGAGUUGGCGGAGGUGGCGACAGAGGGCGGUGGCGGCGGCCAGAGGCACUACCACCACCAGCAGCAGCCGCCCCACACCACCACCAUGUUGACCAGGGCUCUUCUCGCCUCCCGGGCUCUCAUUAAACCCCCCCAAAUGAGCCGGGGUAUGGCUGUUGUGAAAAACUUCAAACCUACAACUAUGAAUGACUUGCCAGUUCCACAGGGAUCGUGGCAAGAGCUGCAUUCAAAGAGGCAGCGUUUAUAUAACAUUCAUCUUAUUGCAGGGAUUCUUGCUAUACUUACCACUAUAGGUGUUGCAAAGGAGUCUGGUCUUGUUCGGUUCUACUUUGGUCCCAAGAUUGGCAAGUAAAGUGUUCAUCAACUUGUACAUAUGGCAUUUACAGUCCCAACAGUAAAUUUAAUAUGGUUACUGUUGGAGAGCCAAGGAUUUUGCAUGCACAUUUUGAAGACACAUUGUAUAGUAUAUAAUUACAAUUGUUAGUCAAAAUUUAUAAAGGUACUGUACAUUGUAUAAAAUACUUAACCCUAGUUAUAAAGAUUCCUCUAAUAACACUGUAGAUAAUUGUAAAUGUAUACAGCUGUGCAUUUCAUUCCAUGGUGAAAAUAAAACUUUUUAAAGUUA